GAGACGGAGCUGAGUUUAUAUGCUCUGCUCUCAUCACUCCGUUAAGCUCAGACUCUACCUGAACCAUCACACCGUUUCACGGCUGUCUGGUCGAGCUCCUCCCGGACAGCAUGGCUGGGGGUCUGAGGCUCUGCUUCUGCGUCUGCUUCGUCUUCUCGCUCGUCCAGCGGACACUGGGCGCCACAGACUCGCAUAAAAAGCACGAAAACGACGCGGCUCACCAUCACAUCACCUCCUCCUCCGCUAGACCAGGGGCCUGGAAUCCAGGGGAGGAGAAACCGAAGCGACUCUUCGCCAGGACACGUUACAUAUCCACGCAGAGAGUCCACGUUCCGAGACCCAAGCCGGAGCCGGUGGGUGCGGCCCCUGUCCCUGUUCGACGCUGUGCUGGCCUCAUGGAAAGCUGCUCUGGACGAACCCCCUGCUGCGAGCCCUGCGCCUCCUGCCACUGUCGACUGUUCAACACUAUCUGCCACUGCUGGAGGCUGGGAGGCUGCCCCAAAAAGACCUAACAUACAGAAGGGUGUGAUCUCUGACCUCACAGUUACGAUUCUUUUCAGUUAUUUUGAUACGACUCUGAAUCAUUUAAAAACUAUUUACACAGUAGUAGAAUUAGGCCUAUGCCAGUGACAGAAUCCUCUGAGGAAAAUAUCAGAGCAAAGGGGUAAACCAGAACUUUAGGGGCAGGGGGUAUUAAAACACUAUGUCUAAAGGUAAUUUUGAGACGGUUCCUAACAAUGAGUGUGUUUACAUGCGCUCAAUAUUCCGAUCAUAAUCGGAUUUCUGCAGUUUUCAAAUUAUUCAAAUGGUUGUGUAAACAGCAUAAUCUUAUUUCUUAGAUCAGAGUAAGGUCUAGGAAUCUGAUUAGGAAAUCUGAUAGAGAGCUGGAUUUUAGCUCAGUAAUCGGAUUUCUCAGUGCUCUUACUCUGAUUUCUUUCGGAUUUUCUUAGUCUGUGUAUAUGCGUAAACAGACGGCGGUACUGGAAGUAAGCGAGCAGCGCCGCCGCGAAAUGGCAGCAAAACACUUUUGGAUUAAAUUUUCUUCAUCUUCUAGAUGAUGUUUGUUCAUAUUUUCAGGCAAAGUGAUGCAAUGUUUUUUUAAAAAAGCCGCGGCAUGAAGUUUGAGUUUUACAUUACGCUUACGUCACGUCUUCUGUGAGUUUAUUGGCUGGUUGCAGAUCAGUAAAUCCGAUUACCAUCUGAAUCAUGUAGACCUGGAGUUUCCCUUUAUCUGAUUACUCAAGUGCAUAUAAACACGUUGAUCGGAUUACUGAAAAAAUCAGAUUUUCUUCAGUUAUCGGAUUAUUAAAUACAUGUAAGCGCACUCAUUGUUUAAAAGUUGUUUUUUAACUAGCAUUAAAUUGUUUUUUACUGUCAAAGGGGGCUGUUACUGUGGUAACCAUCACCAGGCACAGGCCUAAGCGGAAGACAGACAAUAACAACCCCAAGCGUUUUUUAUUUUUGGGUAUUAAAAUAGCCUAAGAAUGUGAUUUUGAUUAAAAAUACUUUUUUGUGUGUUAUUCAUUAGACUAUAAAUGAUUUUGACGUUCCAAAAUCAGCUUUAGUGAUGCACUGGUGCAUUUUUACACGCCUUUCAACACCUCACAAACUCACACAUGGUUCCUGCACAGAUUGCUAACACAUGAGAGCAGACCUGCACCUCCACAUGCAUUGAAAUUCCUGCACAAGCUGUAUGGCACAGAUGGAAUACAUUUGAGGUAACGUGUAAAUAGUGUUUAUAGUAGUUUUUUUGUAUCGUGCAUGUAUAGCAUAUAUGAACUUCACCACACAGCUCUAUGCCAAGUGGAUUAGUAUUCCUGCUGUGACGGACAUUCCAGUAGGAAUCCUUUGAAACGGUCCUGAUGUUUCUCUUUAGACAGUACCACUGAAUCAAUUGAGCCAAUUCUCUGUUUAAUCGUGCAGCGUUCAAUGGUACCGUCACAACUAGCCUUACCGGUAUUUGUUUGGUUCACUCAAACAGAGAGAAUGCAGGACGGCUCAAUCCGACCACCGACUUAAAGUAAUUAGGUUCAUAGUGCUUCUACUGACUCGAGGCUUUUCAUUCCUUUAGAAAUAUUAAAAUUGCGAAAGACAGGAGGCUGAGAAACGCCUUACAGCCAUUGAGUGCCAGCCAUUGUUCUGAUCGUACCCACUGUCAGGUCAUAUUGACUGAAGCAGAAUGAUUACUGUCUA